AUGACACUAACAGUAUUUCCCCCCUCGACACCAACACCGUCCACAAAAUCACCGAUAUCACCCGCCUCCACCGAUGCCGACCUAACACUCCUAACGAUAACCCGCCUUUUCGCGCGCCUGGAAUAUAACCUUCUCAGCAGUACUGCGGAUUUGAGGCCGCUUGUGCGAGAUGAGUUGCAGCGGAUAAGGGUGCACGCUAACAUUGACUACGCGCGCACGGCUCUGAAUAUCCUCGAAAACUCCCUCUCUGGCGUAAAACGUGUUGAUCGGCGAUAUGAGAUUCAGACAGAGGUUGGGAGGAAGAGGCAGACACUGAAGGCGUUGGAGGGCGUGCUGGAAAAUAUUACUGCGCAGGCGGAGGCGGAGGCGAAUCUCGACGAUGAUAUCGGGGAAGAGGAUUACGAGGGGGAAGGGGAGUUGGUGGAUAUAAGUGACGAUGAGGGUGUUGAUGAGAAUGCGCCGGAAGAUGCCGCGACGGAGAAGGAUGCGCAACCGCCAUCACCAACGAAAGAAGAGCAAGAGAAGGGAGAGACAAGUCGAGGCGACUUUACGAGCAUCAACCCUUCCCCAUCGACUCUCCGAAACCGCUAUCUCCAGCUCCAGCGCCCGACAGCGACAUCAACCUCCUAUCAAACACACGACCAACCCCAACCAACAUCACCGCCGCAACCAGACCGCACCCAAGCGCAAACAGCAGGACAAUCCCUCUCUUCCUCCCGCCUCGAACAAGAAUCCCUCACUGAAUCCCUCCUCUCCCUCGCCACGCAACUCAAAUCUUCCUCCUCAGCCUUCCACACUUCGCUCGAAGCAGAGAAAUCAGUGCUGGAUCGUGCUGUAGAUGGGCUAGAUACUACGACAACGAAUAUGAGUGCGGCGGAGAAGCGGAUGGGGACUUUGAGGAAGAUGACGGAAGGAAAAGGGUGGUGGGGACGGAUGAUGCUGUAUGCGUGGAUUCUGGGGUUGUGGGUGGUUGCUAUCUUGAUUGUGUUCUUGGGGCCGAAGUUGCGGUUCUAG